ACUCCGCUUCCACUUCUCCUCCUCCUGCUUGCCCUUGGAGGAGUUCUUCCAGUGGCACAGGGCUCUAGUUAUCUCUCUGGAUAUCGCAUGAGGUCUCGCCUGCAGCGGGACCGGCAAGUCCGCAACAUUCGACCAAAUAUCAUCCUCAUCCUCACAGAUGAUCAGGAUAUAGAGCUUGGCUCAAUGCAGGCCAUGAACAAAACUCGGCACAUCAUGGAGAAAGGUGGAACACAUUUCUCAAACGCUUUUUCUACCACGCCAAUGUGCUGCCCGUCGCGCUCCUCCAUCCUGACUGGGAAGUACGUCCACAACCAUCACACCUACACAAACAACGAAAACUGCUCCUCGCCCUCAUGGCAGGCCCACCACGAACCGCACACCUUCGCCGUUCACCUCAACAACUCUGGAUACAGGACAGCUUUCUUUGGAAAGUAUCUCAAUGAGUAUAACGGAUCCUAUGUGCCUCCGGGCUGGAGGGAGUGGGUGGCCCUAGUGAAGAACUCACGCUUUUACAACUACACGCUCUGCCGAAAUGGAGUACGAGAGAAACACAGCAGCGACUAUUCGAAGGAUUACCUUACAGACGUCAUCACCAACGACAGCAUCAACUACUUUCGAAUGUCCAAGCGGAUGUACCCUAACCGUCCUGUCAUGAUGGUUCUGAGCCAUGUUGCCCCUCACGGCCCAGAGGAUUCUGCCCCGCAGUACAGUUCCGCCUUCCCCAAUGCUUCGCAGCACAUAACUCCGAGCUACAACUACGCUCCCAACCCAGACAAACACUGGAUCCUCCGCUACACUGGGCCGAUGAGGCCUGUGCACAUGCAAUUCACUAACAUGCUGCAACGCAGGAGGAUGCAGACCCUGCUGUCUGUGGAUGACAGCAUGGAGAAGGUGUACAACAUGUUGGUGGAGACGGGUGAAAUGGAUAAUACCUAUAUCAUCUACACAUCCGAUCACGGCUACCAUAUCGGCCAGUUUGGACUAGUAAAAGGCAAAUCAAUGCCUUAUGAGUUUGAUAUCCGGGUUCCCUUCUAUGUACGAGGGCCGAAUGUGGAGCAAGGUGCCAUUAACCCCCAUAUGGUCCUGAAUAUUGACUUGGCGCCCACUCUGCUGGACAUGGCUGGUGUUGAUGUUCCUGCGGAAAUGGACGGAAAGUCUAUCCUUAAGCUGCUAGACACUGACAAACCAGUGAACAGGUUCAAUUUAAAUAGAAAAGGUAAAACCUGGCGAGAUUCCUUCCUUGUGGAGAGAGGAAAGCCUCUGCACAAGAGGGCCGAUGGGAAGGAAAUGGCUCAAGAGGAGAACUUCCUGCCCAAAUACCAACGAGUGAGGGAGCUGUGCCAGAAGGCAGAGUACCAGACUUCCUGUCAACAGCCGGGACAGAAGUGGCAGUGCGUAGAGGACCCGAAUGGCAAAUUGAGGCUGUAUAAGUGUAAGGGCAUGGCUAGUCUAUAUGCCCCCCGAAUGCAAGCUCUGAUGGCCAGAGGUGGCCCCCAGCUGUUCUCCUCAUCCAGUGUGGACAGCUGCAACUGUGGCAAUGUGGCCUUUAAAACACCCACCCUGAAGCGGAAGAAACUGCUUACAAAGAAGAUCAAAUAUUAUGUCACAUCUUUUUCAGAGAUCAAAUCCAGCAAGUCUGCCUCUAGAAAGCGUUGGGCCCGCUCUGUGUCCUUUGAGCUGGAUGGAGACAUGUACGCUGUGGACCUGGAAGAGUCUUAUCAUCCUGCGCCCUUCCAGAACAACAGCUGGACUUUCGACAGAAGUAGAAGAGUGGGACAAGAUGAGGAUGCUGAAGAGUUCAGUGGAAUGGGAGUCACAGCCAGGCCCAACACUGAAAACAAACUGACUCCAUCUGAUGCUCUUAAGGUCACAUACAGAUGUUCAAUUUUAAUGAAUGACACAGUAAAAUGUGACGGUGGCCUGUAUAAAUCACUGCAGGCGUGGAAAGACCACAAAAUGCACAUUGAGCAUGAGAUUGAAACCUUGCAGACCAAAAUAAAGAAUUUACGAGAGGUCAAAGGACACCUGAAACAGGUGCGACCAGAAGAAUGUCAGUGUAACACUCCCAGUUACCUGCUGAAAAAUAAAGAAAACAUUUUGCUGGGCACCGGGCGCAUGCAUUCAUUCAGAAUGCCUAAGCAGAAGACUCAGUGGCUACAAAAGGAGCAGAAGCGAAGGAAGAAACUCCGGAAAUUCCUGAAAAGGCUCCAGAACAAUGACACUUGCAGCAUGCCAGGCCUUACUUGUUUCACCCAUGACAACCAUCACUGGCAGACUGCUCCCUUCUGGACGAUGGGGCCAUUCUGUGCAUGCACUAGUGCCAACAACAAUACCUACUGGUGCCUGAGGACCAUCAAUGACACACACAACUUCCUGUUUUGUGAGUUUGCCACGGGUUUCCUGGAGUAUUUUGACCUGAACACAGACCCAUACCAGCUAAUGAAUGCUGUCAGCACCCUUGACCGCAACGCUUUGAAUUCAAUGCAUCAACAGCUCAUGGAAUUACGAGGUUGCAAGGGACAUAAGCAGUGCAACCCUGAAAAGGGAGGCAAAGAGCGAAACUACUUUAGUGAAUACAGGCCAGUUUAUCGUCGAAAGAGGCCAAAAGUGAAGAAACCGUCCUCCAAAUCGCUGGGUCAGAUUUGGGACGGCUGGGUCGGUUAA